CAUUAGAACCACUUGCCAUGCGGACGCUAUGGAUAUUGGUUGCAACUGGACAGUUGCUGGCUGCAGCAGCCACAACUACCUCAGCUGCUCAUGAUCCGGCAGAAAGCCAUGAAGAGCACGUAGAGCACGUAGACCAUGUACAUCCGCAUGUGGCAAUUUUGUUUCCGUGUCUCUCAAUGCUGAUAGGUUUGACGAUUACUCACAUCACUUCGCGGUGCCAGUGUCUUGCCACGAUCCCGUACACUGUCUCAUUGCUGAUUGUGGGUUGGGGCAUGGGAUUUCUGGACGUUGAGAGUGCUGGCAGUUUGGGGACACUCUCAGAGAGUAUAAGCCUCUGGAUUGCGAUUGACCCUCACCUUCUUCUCUAUGCCUUCCUUCCGGUACUUCUCUUUGGUGAUGCCAUGUCAAUUGUUUGGCAUGACUUUCAUCGAACAGCAGCUCAAUGCAUAGUCUUGGCAGGACCUGGAGUCCUCAUUGGAACAGCCCUGAUGUAUGUAGUUGCAAAGUUUGUCUUUCCAUAUGGUUGGGGAGACUUCGAAUGUGCAGCCUUUGGCAGUGUUUUGGCGGCGACAGACCCUGUGGCCGUAGUGGGGCUGUUGAAGGAGAUGGGAGCAAGCAGGGUGCUCACUAUGCAGAUCGCGGGCGAGUCCCUUCUCAACGAUGGUGUGGCAAUCGUCGUGUGGCUGGUUUUCUACAACUUGAUGAAAGGAGAACAGGCCAGUGCAGAAAUCAUCUUGAGCUUCCUUCGCUUGGCCGUGGGUGGCACUGCAUUUGGAGCCGCAUGCGGAGUCAUUGUGGCACGCUGGAUGUCCCUGGCUUCCAAUCGGCUUGUUCAUUCAGACUCCCUCGUUCAGGUGACUCUGACAAUCACAGUCGCUUACGUUUCUUUUUUCGUUGGUGAGAACGAGCUAAAGCUGAGUGGUGUGUUGGCGACGAUCUUUGCUGCCCUGAUGGUUGGUAAGUAUGCUCAACCACUUGUUUGUGACAAGGAUGGUCUCGCAGCUGUGUGGCACCUCUUAGAGUUCUUUGGCAACACCAUCCUAUUUGUUCUCUGUGGAGUUUUCUCCUACACAUCUACGAAGAAUGUGGAGUGGGCUGAUUAUGGCUGGUUGGCCCUGCUGUACAUCCUUGCAAAUCUCGCUCGUGGGGUGAUGGUUGGAGUUCUAUUACCUGUCUUGAACUGUGUGGGCGGCUCCGACGUAACGAAAACCACUUGGAAGGAAUGGUUGGUCAUGACAUGGGGUGGGCUCCGGGGAGCUGUUGGCCUCGCUUUGGCGCUUUCCAUGCGCAACUUGCUGAUCCAACAGGGCAGGGAGUACACGGCAAACCUCAUGGUCUUCUUUGUCUCUGGCUUCGCAACUCUGACUUUGUUGGUGAAUGCAACAACUUGCAGCUUGCUGCUGAAGUAUUUGGGUCUCACAAAGACGCCUGAGGCUCAGAUCGCAAUCUUGGGAUGUCUUCGUCAAGAACUGAUGUUCCUGUCCAAGAAAGCCUUUAGCGAUGCACUGGCAUCUGAUGGCCGUUUCAAGGCUGUGCACCAGCGUGAACUGGACGCAAUGCUGGAGCAUUUGGAUGCUGAGUUGGGCGAACCUCAGGACCCAAAGCUGCACCUGCAGAAAGGUGUGCAUCCUGAACCAGAGACUACAGACACUGACCCGGAGAGGCAAGAGAAUAGCAAGGAAAAGGGCAUCGAACCAGGAACUGUGCAAGCAUGGGGCCACUGGUGGUGGGGCUUUGAAGAGAUCAAAGUGGACCGCGGGGUUGCCGUCAGAAAGGAAAAAUCGGCCGGCAGCCUUACAGAGCAGAAGCGGUUUGGUGUCGCUGCAAAGGGGACACAGCAGGAGCGAGUGGUUUAUCGGAAGCUCUUCUUGUCCAUGUUGCGUGCUGAGUAUACGCGACUGAUGGACGUGGGAAUGCUUCCAAGACGAGCCUCAGGUGCUGAGCUGCUUCUCGCCUCCAUCGAUGCGGCUGACGACUUUGCAGCCCUCGGUUUGAAUGAUUGGAGGAUUCUGGAAAAGAAGCUUGUGCAUCGAAGACACAGCAUUCGUGUCAAGGUGCGCGAACUGCUCUCCCCAUACUUUACGUUUGUUCCAGUUGAGAUCAAUGGAGGUGCACAGUAUUUUGAUCUUUUCACCGUGGUGGCUUUUAUCGAUGCUCAUCAUACAGUUUCUCAUCAAUUGCUGAAGAGCGAGUGCCUCUCCUUAGAUGCGCGCGCUGAUGUCAUUGGAGAUUCGCUAUCGGAAAUCGAAGCUGCGCACCGAAUCCUGAAAGACAAUGGAAUUGGAGCCCGCGACAUCAGCAAGGUUCGCACGAUUCAGCUGGCAAGCAUGCUCUUCCAAACGCAGAAGGAUCAAGUGGGAAGGUGGAAGAGCCAGGGUAUCAUUUCGGAGAAGGAGAUGGAGGAGCUGCUACACCUGAUCAAGCAUGGCCUGGAUCAUUGGGAAGAGCUGAUGAAAAAACAGGUUCUCAGCAGUGAGGAGGUUUCUCCCCUGAGCAAAGCCACGUUCAGAACGCUGGUGCGACUACUGCCGGGCCGAUGAAUUUGAAAGCCAUGCUGGCCAAUGCUUUUCUGCGUUCUCCACCAUUUGGAAAAGACUCAUUGCCUUUUUGCUCCUUAAAGGAGCAGAGGGGCUCCUAAGGCUAUGGGGCCUUUCUUUCUUACUGGGUGCACAAAGCAUCACAAAGCCAGAUGCGAGUGAAGAGACACGUGAUUAGACAUGCUAGACAUGGUUUCUGUGGCAUCUGUGGCAUGUAUUGAUCCUUGGAUCAGUCCAAAGAAACUUCUGAGACCACAAUUCUGUGUGACUCAUAUGACAUGUCGCUUGGGCAUGGCAUGCCAUCCAAGCACUUUUCUCGGCUGCCAGCUUCCUGGGUUUGCAGUGCAUCGCGCGUGGCACAGGCAAUGCAAAACUCAAAGCUCA